AUUAUAUAUAUAAUACCCAAAUCAUGUUGCAUUUUCAAAACAAACCAAAAACACAACUCUUUUUUCUAAAAUUCUUACACUUAAAAACCAAUUUUCUUCUUCUGAAAUGGAUUGGACCAGAGGCCAUACCAUAGGCCACGGCUCCACCGCCGCCGUCUCCGUCGCCAAGUCAUGCUUCUCCGAUGAUGUUUUUGCUGUUAAGUCAGUAGAGCUAUCCCAGUCGCAGUUAUUACAAAAGGAGCAGAAAAUUCUUUCCGAAUUGAGGUCCCCUUAUAUAGUUAGCUACAAGGGAUACGAUGUUACGAAAGAGAACGAUAAACACAUGUUUAAUCUUAUGAUGGAGUACAUGCCGAACGGUACACUUUCCGAUGAAAUUCGGAAACAGGAUGGUCGGAUGAACGAGCCGUUGAUUGGGUAUUACACGAAGCAAAUUGUACACGGACUAGAGUACCUACAUUCAAGGAACAUAGCACACUGUGACAUAAAGGGGCACAACAUUUUGUUAGGAAAAACCGGUGCCAAAAUUGCCGAUUUUGGAUGUUCCAGGUGGUGGAUUGAUCCGACGGAGAGGGACGGUGGUAGGGCGGCUUCUUCCACCGAGCCAAUUGGAGGAACGCCGAUGUUCAUGGCACCAGAGGUGGUGCGUGGGGAAGAACAGGGGUGUCCUGCUGAUAUUUGGGGAUUGGGAUGUACAAUUAUUGAAAUGGCCACGGGUGGAUCAGCAUGGACAAAUGUGACAAACGCGGCGUCAUUCCUUUACAGGAUUGCAUUUUCUGGGGAAUCCCCUGAAAUUCCAAAAUUCCUGUCCUUACAAGCAAAGGAUUUUUUAAACAAAUGCUUGAGAAGAGAUGCAAAAGAAAGAUGGACGGCUAAACAACUCCUCCAACAUCCAUUUCUUGAGGAAAAUUCUAAUCCGAAUUCUUCAGCAAAUCAAGAUUUUGUGACAAGCUCCCCAACCAGCAUUCUUGAUCAAGACAUUUGGAAUUCAGUAGACGAAUCAGAAACCAUAGAUUCUACAAUACAAACAGUAAGCUCAAUGGAUUCUCCUCUUCAAAGGGUAAGUAAAUUGGGACAGAAUUCAGGUAAACCAAAUUGGUGCUUGGAUGAUGAGAUUUGGACCACAGUUAGAAAAACCAAUGAAGGAGAUGGAACAAUGACAGCUUUUUCUGAAAUGGAGUUGGAAAGCUGUUUUGGUAGUAAGGAGUUAGAAAUAAAUUACUACUUUGAUCAUAACUUUUGCUGUAACACAGUGGUACAAAAGAGCUCUGUAAUUAACAGUCUCAAUUUUCCGAGGCAUUUGACAUAUUCACUAAAUAAAAUUCAUUGUUCAUAAAAUUCUUUCUUACUAUUUUUUUUUGGUAAAUGCUUGUCAGUGUGCAAAGGUUAAAAAGAAUGGAUUAUGGGACAUAACCAAAGGAGAAAGAUUUGUUAACAAUUCACUCCGUACUCUUGUGAAAAGGGACUACUCUGUUUU